UAUUAGUAACCUCUGUGUCAACCAUAAAAUAUUUGCUGAACUUAACAAUAUUGGAUGGUUUAUAAAAAUUAGAACGAUUAUAAGUACGAUACCGCGAAACUUUAUCGUAAAACCUUUCGAACUCCCGGUGGUAAACGGUCGCGAUUACGCCUCUCUCGGCCCACAUUCCGUUCUCAUCGCGCCCGUCGUCUCUGCGCAGUUUGAAAUUGGCGCGUCGACUGUGUAGCGGUCAAGCCGCGCGCGCGCUCCAAUGCCAGCCGCCCGUCAAACCAACAACUUGAAACUUUUGCUCGUGUUAUUUACUUUUUUGUUUGUUUUGGUGCGGUAGAAGGACUAGGUUUUUAAUGAAUAAAGAAAAACUGUACGUUUAAGUGAUAAAGUGAAUUAUCAGUUAUCAAACAAGUAACAAAUGUCUCUAUAUUUUUGGAACGGCGACGCCUACACCGAUGAUUGUGUGAACAGCAUUUUAUCAUACUAGCAUAGUACUAGGUAAAGAAAAUAUUAUUUACAAUGGACGGGGACAGAAAAUUAAACCUCGAAGGUGUCCCAUUAAACUCGGCAGGUGCAGCGAAUAUUUACUUGAAUACUGGCAAAAAUAAAGUAAACGACCGCGACGGGACUGUUAUUCAUUUAAAUACAGAGAAGCCUGCGGACGUCGGCGUUCACAUCAAUACAACUUUGUCCAUCGCGUCUUCUAAGAAAAUUAAGCUCCUAUUUAUAUUGAGCUUCUUACUCAGUGUGAUUUGUAUGAUAACAAGUUGCUCCAUAGCAUUUUACUACUGCAACGAGAUAUCAUCCCUGAGAAGACAGUUCGAUGUGUUGAGAGAACAAUUUUUGAUACAGAAUAUAAAAGAGGGAGUCCUAAAUCAGGAUAGAGCAGUACAGAGCCCUCUUGUAUCCAAUUUUAAACCGCAGUUAAAAGGAGUAGAGGUCCGAGAAGGCAGGGAAUUUAUCAAAAGUGAAGUGCCUCCUAAAAGGUACUAUGUUGAAGACCUCGGUGAGGAUAUGUUACUUGUAGACUCGAGCAAGAAGAAACCUAGUCAAGAAAAAUUGCCGACAUAUGACUUAUCCUUCUUCCAAAAAGAGCCUCUGGUUGUUCAUUUUAAUGGUGCAAUACGAGAACUGAACAUUGGCACUCAAUCCAUCAUUGGUCCAUGGGUGCGCGACCUGGAAGUGUCUUCCAAGGACAGCGAGGCGAAGAUAGAGCUGAACAGUAACUACUUCACGGUCAAAGAGAGCGGACUGUACUUUAUUUACGCACAAGUGGUCUACCUAACUCACGCACCGAACUGUUACUUCGUUUGGGCCCGACAACCCAAUAGUGAGCCGCGUCUCUUAACAACCUGCGCUACUGGGGACGACUCGAGCCCCAGGCCUCUCAACAAAUCUCAGAUCUCCUGCUCAGUCCACACUAUAACCCGACUGUACAAAGGAGACACCGUCAACAUGGCCCAACGGGAACAGAACAGGACCUUGUGGCUUCGACCGGGUUACACUUACUUUGGCUUCGUCAAACUUAGUUCCUAAUAUGGCUGUGAUAGUGGUAAUGAAAUGCUUCAAAAAACGGGACGAGGCCCCACAUACACUCAGGGAAUGCAAUAUUUCUGUAGUUUUUUUAUGUUUACCUACUUACUUAGACAUAAGUACCUAUUAUAAUGCGCAGAGAGUAGUGCAAAUAUAGAGAUUAACUUACGGGAGAACGUCAUGAGAACGUCAUAUCAUCUCCAUACAAUUUUGGCAGAUUUACGACCAGUUAACGUUGCCAGAGAUGAAUGAAGUUUUGAUUCGAUGGUGAUGACGUCAUACAAAUCAAAAGUCCGCGCGGGAUGCAUGUGUGCGAGAAGACUGCACACCAAAGCCGACGACUCGCUGGCUUUCUAUAGCAAAAGAUCAAUGUCAAUUAUGUAUGACGUAAAUAAUAAUUGAUAAUAGCCCGGCUACAAAUCUAUAUUGUAGCCGGGCUAUUAUCAAGAGUCUAUGGUGUAUAUUAUUCUCCUUUAAGCGUGGAUUUGUGUUGGUUAGGUUUAACAAUACUAUGUACGUCAGCAAUUAAAGUGGGUCCUUUCAGUGCUGACGCACAUAUUGUAUCGCUGCUGUCGACGCAUACAAGUGACGCACUUAAAAUAAAGUUAGUCUGACCCGAUGAGAGGGAUCAGGUCACAGACAGACUGUCUAUCAUCAUAUCAUAGACUGUCAUUGUCUGUCGAGUUUCUUGCUGGUUCUUCUCGGUAGGAACGGCAUUCCGAACCAGUGGUAAAUUAUUUGACGAUUCAAAAGCACUUGUAAAAGUUUAUUUGAAUAAAAAUCUAUUCUAUUCUGUCCGUACUGCAGAUAUAGUUUACUCUUAUAGAAGUUGCGCUAACUCUCACUCGCAGCUCAUUUCUGACCCGCUAAAAAGAGUAAGACGUACUAUUAUUGUGGUUAGUAUGUGGUCGUGGUGGAGGUGUCUGGUGCUCAUGAAACAAAACACGAAGUUUGAUAGACACCCCGUUUAUUUACUGUCCACACAGGUCACUCAUUACCUAUUUGGAAUAUAUAUUACUUCGCGGAACCCUAGUUAAGGGUUUAUUCGAGCCGUAGUCUCUUCUACAGUCUUUCUCUGAAGCCUGGCCGAUGGGAAAGAUACCAGAUCCGUAGCCAAGGCAGCUAUGUCUGAAGAAUAGAAACCACAAAACCAGCAUUAAAUUAAGUGUACAUAGAGAUCUUGGUUGGUCUAAGGAGUUUCAUAUUUGCGCACAAAAUCUUAAGAGCUACAUAUUUUUACACAAAAAAGAUACAGCUAUUGUUUCGAUUUUCGUUGUAUGUGGGGCCUCAAACUGGGAAGCAUAUAAUAUACUGCCAUUGUGCCUUAUUCCCAUUCUGUUGAUACGAAUGGUGCUAUCGUAAUACUAUUAUUAUUUUAUUGUACAGGAAGUGAUUUAAGUGUGCCAUAUAUUGUACAUAACGGUUGAUUACGUACAUCACACUGUGUUAUGUACUUAUAUUUGUGUCGUCCAUGAGACGGCCAUCAUUUUGCUGUAUACAAUUGAAAUGUAAAUUAAGGUCUGAAUUUCGCAGUAUCUUUUUGAUGAAAGACAUAAUUAUGGUGCCGAAAGAUAGAUCUUAGACAAUGCUUCUUUAACUGAUGAAAAAUGUUUAGAUGAAAUCACUUCUUUUCCGAGCUUCCAGUGAAUUGAUCUCGUAUUGGUCGAAGAAUCCCACGAGUCGUACCAAAAUUUUGCGUUAAGUUUGACAAAAUUAUUUUAUUAUUCCAUAUUAUUUUGAUGUGAAAUGUAUGUUCGUUUUUGUGUAAAAUUACUUCAUUUUAAGUACGAAUAUAAUAAUGGAUACUUA